GCCAUCAUUACAAUCUAGGCGCAACCAAGAUUGCAAUCAAGAAUGUUAAUAAGAAAAGAAAUAGAUGGUACCAAAAGUGAGUCGACUUAAACCGAACCUUGCAGUGGAAAUGAGGCAUUAUGGCACUUUUUUGUUUGUCGAUUUGGUUAUAAUCUGCGUGUCAUUUUACAGGAGAGAAAACGUUUUGUGGUGCCGUCAAAGGCAAAGAGCUCACAAAAGUGGUGCAGCGAGUCAGUCGAACAGAUACAGAAAGUUAGUGAAGCCAAACAAGAAUCCCCACGAGAAGGACAAACGAAAAUGUUACACCAAAAUAUGAAGAAUAUACCACUGCUGUCAGAUACAGACUGCUCUGAACACACAAAGUCUUCUCGUAGCGUCCCGAGCCAGGAGAGACAUCAUGAACACGCAACAGCUGACAGAAACUCUCCGGCCAAAACUGAAAUAACAGAGACAACGAGACACCUCACAUUUCAGCAAACGGAGAGAGAGCUGUGCACCGACAGUGAUGCUACAGUUUGCGAGCUCCCGAAAAGUCAGAGGCAAUCCACGCAAGAGAGCGAAGAAGCAGCCACAGCUGUAACAAUGCCUCAAACAGACGAAAUGUUACCGGCAGGACAGACAGAAGACGCACCAGAAAAUCUCCAAAAGAAGAGGAAAAAAAAGAAAAAAGACAAAGGAGAUAAUGAAAAUGUAGAAGAAAGAAAUGGUCAGGAGCCAGAGCCUCUGCACGCUGCAACGUCUGCAAACUCGCCGCAGGAUGAUAACAUACAGACACAGGAGGAAGUUGAUUUAAAAGAAAAGAAAAAGAAGAGAAAAAAGAAUAAACCUGCAGCAGAAAUCAGUCAACAAGACAUGGAUGCAAACUUGGUAUCUGAUGUGAGAGAGGAGGACGGUGGCAAAAAGAAGGAAAGAAGCGGCGAAGAUGUCGAGCAGUUACAGUCUGAAUCUCUGAAUUAUGAAAUUAAGAAGAAGAAAAAGAAAAAAAGGAAAAGAGAAGAAUGUGAAGACGAAGGGACAUCCGAAAUGACUUCAAAUUUGCCGCAAAUGUCGACGGAGCAGUUGCAAGAAUCUGUAAACAGCUUGGAAAACGGUGCAGCUUCUUCGCAAGAAACAUUAGGUCACGUCAAGAAGAAAAAGCACAAAAAGAAGCGACAUUCAACCUCGAAUGAUGUGACUCGGGAUGGAGGAGAGAGCGUGGAUUUGAACUUUUGUGCCGAAGAUUCUGUGAAUUCGGCGAAAGAUUCAGGGGCGUCGCCGAAAAAGAAGACGGAUGUCCUCACUCCUGAAGAAAAUAAGGUGGAAAAUGGUAAUAUAGAGGAAACAAAUGAGAUAAAGGAAAACAAUGCUGAAGUGGUGAAGAAGAAAAAGAAGAAGAAGAAAAAGAAAAAUAGUGAAAUGUUGAGCUCAGAGGAAAAUGUAGCACAUGAUUCGGUGUCUGUGCAGGAAAUGGAAAAGAAGAGGACCUCUUCCUUCCUUGUUGCUGAUGCAGAGGAAAAAGACGCUCAGACGGAUGAGGAGCAAAAACCACUGUCUCGCGUCAGCGAUGCAGAAACACACGAGACGGAGGAAUUUAAUGAAACGAAAAAGAAAAGGAAGAGAAAGAGGAAGAGGAAGAUGUCACAGCACUUUGAGGAAGCUGACAAAGCGAGCGCUCUGUCUGAAAUGACUGAAGCAGGAGUGAAAAGGAAAAAGAAACAUCAUGAAAGUUUGGAAAGACUUUCUCCAGCUGAUGAGGCUGUGGUGUUAAAGAAAAAGAAAAAGAAAAAGUUCAAAGAUCAUUUGACACAAGAGGAAACUCCACUAACUGCCACAGACGGUGCUGAAUCAGUAAAAUCCACCUGCAGCUCC